AUGCAAUCAUCGUGGAAGUAUCUUUUUCUUCUUUCUCUUCUUCAUUCCGCCUAUGGAAAUUUUGAGAAAGAAGAUGUGUCUUCAAUCUCGAGUGGUCUUUCUUUCGGAAUGUGCCGUGGUUAUUGUCAACAAUUUGUUAAUGCUACGAGCAAUCCUGUGCAAUUAAGUGCAGUGAAGCAACCUAAUUCUGCCGACAUAUCUUUUCCACCACUUCGACAAACGUUUUCGUUUUCGUUGAAUCAAUGGGAAGAACUCCUGGCUCUUGUUUCACCAAACGUAUUUUCAAAAUUAGCUGACACGAUCGGAUGUCCUGGUUGCGCGGAUGGCGGUAUUGAAUGGAUUCAAAUCGAUUGGAAAGAUGGAAGCAAACGAGUGACAUUUGAAAGUAGACGAACUAUCAAAGGAAUUGAAGGAUUGAUUGAUAAGUUACGAAAAAUGAGAGAAGAGUAUCUUCCUCAAUUUUAA